AUGAAAUAUCUCGAUAAUGUAAUCGACAAUAGAUGGAAAUUUACUCAUCACUUUGAGAUGGUAUCGGGAAAGGCGGAAAGAGUAUUAUCGCGACUGGACCUCUUGAUGCCCAACCUGCGCAGUCCUAAAUUUGAUAAGCAGUGGAGAGAAAUGUUGACUGAGAUAUUUCCGGACGAUGCUGCGUUGUACACCCGAAAACUAAUAGUUCCACACUUGGAGAAGUGGUUAUCCAGAACUCAUGGGUUUUUGUCAUAUCGAUUGACGCAGGCAUUGACGAAUCAUGGCUGUUUUAGUUCAUAUUUGUAUAGGAUUAGAAAGUUUUAUACGAAGCGUUGCGAAUUUUGUCCUGCAGGACGGAACGAUGCUGGUCACACGGUGUUUCGUUGUGAGGCAUGGUCUUAUUUACGCGAAGAAGUUGAGCGAAGACUCAGGAAAAGAUUAUCUGAGGGAACGCUCGUCGAAUCUAUGUUGUCGGGACGAGACGAGUAG